CCCUACGGCUUCCCUCCUGGGCUACCGAGCUCUGGACGGGCUGAAGGACCAUGUCCGCACCCCUGUCUGCCCUUCUCUGUCUUGGGCUGUGUCUGGGGCAGGCGGUGGAAGCUCAGCAAGGCCUGCUGCCCAAGCCCUCCCUCCAGGCCCUGCCUAGCUCCCUAGUGCCGCUGAGGACGCCGGUUACCAUCCGUUGCCAGGGGCCUCCGGACGUGGACCUGUACCGCCUAGAGAAGCUGAAGUCCGACCACUACCAGGACCAGUCUGUCUUCUUCAUCCCGUCCAUGGAGGAACGUUUCGCAGGGUGCUACCGCUGCUCCUACCAGAAUGGGAGCCUCUGGUCUCCGCCCAGCGACCGGCUGGAGCUGGUCGCUACAGGAGUUUAUCUCAACAAGCCCUCGAUCUCAGCCCAGCCCAGCGCAGCUGUGUCCCCAGGAGGGGAAGUCACUCUCCAGUGUCGAAGCCAAUUCAGUUUUGACCAAUUUGCUCUGUACAAGGAAGGGGACGCUGGGCCCCAGAAGGGAUCUGAGAAGCAGUACGGGGCUGACUUCCCCAUCACUGCAGUGACUGCCGCCCACAGUGGGACCUACCGAUGCUACAGCUUUUCCAGCAAGCUGCCGUACCUGUGGUCGGCCCCCAGCGACCCCCUGGAGCUUGUGGUCACAGGGACUUCUGUGACCCCCGCCUCGUUACCCAUGGAACCACCUUCCUCUGUGACGGGUAAGUUCUGCAGGAUUUAUCCCAGUGUCUGGGGUAUAGACCCACAGACCCCUUCUUUUCUUUCUCCCCUUUAUCUAGAUUUUUCUAUUUAAUUCCUUUGUCUCUUU